AUGCAAUUGAAUGAUUUACCCGACGAAAUACUUCUACUAAUUUUGAAAGAACUACAUAGUUGUGAAGUACUUUAUUCUUUUCAUGAUAUUAAUCAACGAUUCAAUAGAGUUAUACAUGAUCCAAUAUUUACAAGUCGUUUGAAUUUUGUUAAAUGGUCAUGCCAUAAAAUUGUCAAUAAAUUUUCUUCUAAUCUUAUUGAUCAAUUUUCUUUACAAAUUUUACCCGAAAUUUGUAAAAGAAUCAAAUGGUUUAAUCUUGAAUCAUCAUUUAUGACACGUUUUUUAUCUGCUAAUAAAUAUCCUAAUUUAUGUGGACUUGGCCUCUACAAUGUUGACGAAGAAAUAAUCAACUUUCUUUUUACUGAUAAUAAUCUUUCAUCUGAUAUUUUCAAAAAUCAAAUCACAUCGCUUGUUGUUGGAAUUGAUUCAGAAAAAAAGAAUUCGUCAAUAGUAGAAAAUAUAUGCAAUAAUCUAUUCACAAUGAUGAACAAUUUAAUUCAUUUAACAUUUUAUGAUGCAUCAUAUAGAAAUAUUAGAAAAAUUCCAAAUCUCAAGUGUUUUAAUCUGUCAUGUUUUUUGGAAACAUUCAGUUAUGAUACAUUAAUUGUUCCACUUCUUCAUCGAAUGUUGAAUUUGGAAAAACUUGGUUUAUAUAUUAUGACUUAUGUCAAGGAAAGAUUUAUUGAUGGAAACAGUUUGAAAGAAGAUAUUCUUUAUCAUUUGACAAAAAUGAAACAUUUCGAUUUUGAUAUUUAUUCAAAUAUAUAUAUGGAAAAUCAAUUGAAUUUUCCAUCAAAAGAAGAUAUUCAACAGACAUUUAAAGAUUUUCCAUGUACAAAAGUAAUAUCUUGUGUUGAUUAUAUUCAUAAGCGAAAACAAGUACAAUGUCAUGUUUAUUCAUAUCCAUUUCUAAUGGAAUUUUAUGAACAAAUAACAAAUAAUUUUCCAGGCGGAUUUUAUCCAUAUGUUCGCAUAGUGUCAUUAUAUGACGUACAUCCAUUUGAACAUGAAUUUUUUCUUCAAAUUUCUCUUGCAUUUCCAUUGAUGGGCAGAUUAACUUUGAUUAAUUAUUGUUCACAAAAUGUUAAACAAUCGAUCGAUAUUAAUCAGAAUUUUGAAAUUAUCCGAUAUUAUCAUCUUAUUGAACUUGACAUUGGACAAUGUCAUGAUGAUUAUACUGAAGAGUUUCUUCUUCAUACAAAAACAUAUUUACACAAUUCAAUCUCACUUGAUAUUGAUUUGGAAUCAUUAGCAAGAAUAACACAGAAUUUUACAAGAAAUGAAACACGAAUUAAUUGUAGCAAAAACUUACCAUUACCAUUACGUAUUGACUUUUCUUGUUAUAUCGAUCGUGAUAAAGCCACUUAUGCAAAUUUAACUAAACAUAUUUUGAAUGAUGCAUCAGCAUCUUUGUCUGUUCUUGGUGCUUGUGAUAUAUAUGGUGUUGCUGAAACCUAUUGUUUCAUUGAUGAUACACAACGAAAAAAAUAUGGACAAGCAUUUACAUUAGAAGCUUUGUUUAAUCCACAUUGUUAA